AUGAGCGCGACCGAUAUUGUACUUGUCGCCGGAAAGAAGAAAGACUUCAUUGAUGCUCUAAAAGCAUCCGGAAGCUCGGAAGGUUGGGUAAUGUCCUACGAUGACUACGAUGCGUACAUCACAUGGCUGGGAGCCGAUAAAAUCAGACAUGUUGUCGCCAAGACAAAACUAGGUGAAUUUAUUGGAUGUUGUAUAUGCUUCAAUAUGGAUGACAUGUUGUUUGUGGCACUGUAUUACGUUCGUCCGAAAUACCGUCGUAACGGCAUCGGUCAGCGUUUAUUCAGAACUGCAUUGCCUGCAGCGUUGAUGGAGAAGAAAAAUGCUGGUUUGCAUGCAGCGCCUAAGAUGUCUUCAAUAUACGACACUGUUCUCGGUUUUAGCAAUUACACGCCAUGGAAGACCGACAUCGUGCAAUUGCAAGAAAUUGAUAUCUCCAAAUUGAAAGAAAUUCCAAAGGGUGAUUGUUUCGUGAGAGAUAUUAGCAAAGUGAACAUCGAUAAGCUGGUUGAGUACGAUGAGACUGUUUACAAAUCUUCCAGGGAAGCGUUCGUAAGGAAUUUCAUUGCGAGACGAAAAGACUCAAGAUGCAAAGUAUCAUUCGCUAACACUCAUUCUUAA